AUGUCCCUUUCUCCCUGUUCAAGGAUAGGAGGAAAAGACUUAUACCCAGCGGCAACGUUUGUGAAACACUUAUUGCGAUUUUCGGUUGUCUCCUCCUUCUUUCUUUCUUUCUUUCUUUCUUUCUUUCUUUCUUUCAAUGAAAAUCGUAUUAUUUCUUUCUUUCUCAUCUCGCUGUUCUUGUUUGCUUCCAUUAUUGUAUCAUCUCUUGUUUUCUUUCUUUCAUUCUUUCUUUCUUUCUUUCUUUCUUGCUUGCUUGUUUGGUUGCCUGUUUACAAUAUUAUAUCAUUUACUUUCUUCUUUCUUUCUUUCUUUCUUUCUUUCUUUCUUUCUUUCUUUCUUUCUUUCUUGCUUGGUUGGUUGCCUGUUUACAAUAUUAUAUCAUUUACUUCUUUCUUUCUUUCUUUCUUUCUUUCUUUCUUUCUUUCUUGCUUGGUUGGUUGCCUGUUUACAAUAUUAUAUCAUUUUCUUUCUUUCUUCCUGUUUUUCUUUCUUUCUCUCUUUCUUUCUUUCUUUCUUUCUUUCUUUCUUUCUUUCUUUCUUUCUUUCUUUUUAUGUUCCCUGAUUCGGCUUUCUUUCUUUCGUUUUAAAUUUCCUUCAUUUCAGUGUUCUUGUUUGCUUCCAUUAUUGUAUCAUCUCUUGUUUUCUUUCUUUUUUCUUUCUUUCUUUCUUUCUUUCUUUCUUUCUUUCUUUUUAUGUUCCCUGAUUCGGCUUUCUUUCUUUCGACAGUCGUAUUCAUUCAUUUAUUUUUUCUCUCAGUGGCAAUCAUAUUCUUUUUUUUUCUUUUAUUCUUUCUUUCUUUCUAUCUUUCAAGAUCAAUUAUAUUCGUUCCGUCUUUUUUCUUCCUUUCUACUUUUCUUUCUCACAUUUUAUUCUUUCGUUCAAGAAAAAGCGUAUUUAUUCUUUCUUUUUUUUCUUUCAAUGAGAAUUAUAUUCUUUCUCACUUUCAUUCUCCCAAUGACACUUUUUCUUUCUUUCUUUCUUUCUUUCUUUCUUUCUUUCUUUCAAGAUCGUUUGUAUUCAUUAUUUCAUUUUUUUUUCCUUUCUGUUUUUCUUUCAAUGACAAUAAUAUUCGACAAUUACAACACUAAUAACUCUCUCUCUUUCAAUUUUCUUAUAUGCUAUCUUUCUUUUUUCUUUCUUUUAUUCCUUCAAUAUUUCUUUUUUCUUUCUUUCAUUUUUCUUUCUUUCUUUCAUUUUUCUUUCUUUCUUUUUUUUCUUUCAAGAUCAAUUGUAUUCAUUAUUUCUUUUUCUUUCUGUUUUUCUUUAUUUAUUUCAAGGACAAUCAUAUUUCAUUGUUUCUUCUUUCUUUCUUUGAAGAUCAAUUGUAUUUAUUCUUUCUUUCUUUCAAUGGCAAUCAUAUUCAACAAUUUCAGCACUAAUCACUCUCUUUCUUUCUUUCAAUCGACAAUAGUAUUCAUUCUUUCUUUCCUUGUUUGUUUGUUUGUUUGUUUGUUUGUUUCUUUCUUUCUUUCUUUCUUUCAACAGAACUAUUUUUUUAAUAUUUUCUUUCAACACGAAUCACUUUCUUUCUUUCUUUCUUUCUUUCUUUCUUUCUUUUUCUUAACUCUUUUUCUAUCUACAAUUUUUUUCUAG